AAAAGUUCAAAAGAAUUCAAUCCAAGUCUGACUAUUGGGUACUCGCUACUGUCACUCGGCUACUGUAAGAGUUUCUCUCUCUAGCUCCCAACAAACGUUAUUGAAAAAAAACCCAGAAAAAAUCUCGAGGAGCACAGAGGAAAUCGGUCAUCGUGAUAUCUAUUCAUCGCACUCAGAUCUCGAGGUUUAGAACAAGAAGACGAAAAAUAAACUGAUUCGAUUCAGUUCAGCAAAAAGACAGAGCAUUUUGAUUUUGAUUUUUGGGAAAAAUAAAUUUUGAAAUGGAGAAGAACACGCCGGUGAGGAAACCUCACACAUCAACGGCAGAUCUGCUGACCUGGUCUGAGAAUCCUCCGGAAUAUUCGCCCUCGACGGCCUCUGCCUCCCGUUCAUCCGCCCGUUCCCACCAGCCAUCCGAUGGCAUCAGAAAGGUGGUGUUUGGAGGUCAGGUUACGGAUGAAGAAGUCGAGAGCUUGAAUAAAAGGAAACCAUGUUCCGACUAUAAAAUGAAGGAAAUGACUGGCAGUGGCAUAUUCAAAUCCAAGGGUGAAAAUGGAGCAUCUGAAUCUGAGGAUACUGAGCAGAACUCGGUGAACAAAACUGGAUUACGAAUGUACCAGCAAGCAUUGGCGGGAAUCAGUCACAUUUCUUUUGGUGAAGAAGAAACAGUUUCUCCCAAGAAGCCAACUAGUCUGCCUGAAGUGGCAAAGCAGCGGGAGUUAAGUGGAAAUUUGGAAAGUGAGUCCGAGGCAAUGUUGAAGAAACAAAUUUCCGACGGCAAAAUGAAGGAGCUCAGUGGGCAUGAUAUUUUUGCUCCGCCACCUGAAAUUCAACCUCGCACCUUGUCUGCUCGCGCUUUGGCAUUACGAGAAAGCGUUACUAUUGGAGAACCUGCAUCUGUCAAUGGUGCUGGAGGCCUGAAUAAUGGUGCUUUGAGUGAGGAACCAGUUGUCAAGACAGCAAAGAAGAUUCCUAACCAGAAAUUUGCUGAGCUUUCGGGCAACAAUAUUUUCAAGGGAGAUACACCACCUGCAUCUGCUGAGAAGCCUCUGAGUUCUGCUAAAUUGCGAGAAAUGAGUGGCAGUAAUAUAUUUGCCGAUGGGAAAGCUGAAUCUCGGGACUACCUAGGUGGGGUCCGCAAGCCCCCGGGUGGUGAGAGCAGCAUUGCUCUGGUGUAACUUGUUAGGUCUAACUCAACUGUUCAUUUACCUGUGUCUAUCUUAUUUAGAUGGGAUUUGUUUUCUUAUUAUACAUUGUCAUCAUCCUUUGGCUCUUCUUUGAUCUUAUUUAGAAGGGAUUUGUUUCAAUACGAUUUGUCCCUUGUGUGGUGGGUUUUGGUAUGUUUUAGGGUUGAUUAACAUGUUGAUCAGUGUUAUGAAGAGUUGGCUAAUUGGAUUGUAUUUACUGUUCUUUGUUCAUGUUAAUGAAGUGAUUGGCUCUACUGAAUUUGGUUA